AUGAAAUUAGUGCCGAUGGGUUUCACCACCGCUUAUGAGGUUCACGAACGACGCAGCGAGCUGGUUCAGAUUCGAACCGGAUCGCCCACAUUGGAUAGACUGAUUGGUGGAGGAGUGGAAACCGGUCAUAUAACCGAGAUUUUUGGCGAGUAUCGCACGGGCAAAAGUCAGAUAUGUCACAGUUUAGCAGUUAUUUGCCAAUUGCCGAUAUCAAUGGGAGGCGCCGAAGGAAAAUGCAUGUGGAUAGACACGGAAGGGACAUUUCGACCGGAACGUUUGGUUCCAAUAGCAGAAAGAUUCAAUAUGCAGAGCAAGCAUGUAUUGGAGAACAUCGCGGUAGCUCGGUGUUAUAAUUCAGACCACCAGAUUGCGCUGCUGACAACUGCAGCGGCAAUGAUGGCUGAAAGCAGAUACGCCUUGUUGAUAGUUGAUAGCGCCACUGGAUUGUUUAGGACAGACUACUGUGGUAGAGGAGAACUAGCUGCUCGACAAAUGGCACUUUCAAAGUGA